CCCCGCCAAUCAUCAGUGAUACAGAGAGCCUUCACGGCCGGCUUCGAGCAGUUCCCACAACGUUCCCAUCGAUGCAGAAGGACGGCAUGGCCCAUACGGCGGGGUCACUUGAGACCCCGUGCUGUCAUCCUGCCAUCUUGCUGUCACCCCACUCAGCAUUCCCCCCUUCACAAGCUACGCAGCGCGGUCAUCUCUCGCCCCCGUGCCUGCUGGGUUUCGCGUCGCUUCAAGAUCGGAAUCAACUGUUCUGCCGGUUCCUAUAAGUAAAUCGGCGCGCAGAAAAUCGUAUCAUUCGCGACUUGUUUGUGUUCUCGGGAGUGCCUCUAGAACGCAGGAUGGAAUCCAAAAACACCGACAACAAGUCCGGCCUCAGUGGAGAUGACAGCGAGAAGCAGGACCCCCAGUCCGACAAGUCGCUCGUGCGGAAGCAGGACAUGCGCAUCAUCCCGCUGUCCGCGGCGAUCUACCUCCUGUGCUACCUGGACCGCUCCAACAUCGGCAACGCGCGCAUUCUAAACGCGGAAACGCACAAUGACCUGCUUACUGAGACGCACAUGACACCGUACCACUACACGAUCGCGCUGAUGGUGUUUCUCGUCGCGUACGGUAUCUUCGAGGUCCCGGCCAACUACCUCCUCAAGCGCCUGCGUCCAAGCCGGUGGCUUGCGUUUCUGAUGUUUUCGUGGGGCGCGGUGACGAUUGCGAUCGGGGGGACGCACAGCUACCCGGCGGUGACAGUGACUAGGUUCCUUCUCGGCGCGCUGGAAGCAGGCGUGUUUCCAGGGCUGGUGUACUACCUGACGUUCUGGUACCGGACGGACGAGCGGUCGAUCCGGGUCGCAGUCAUCCUCGCCUCGGCGACGCUCGCUGGCGCUUUCGGAGGCGCGCUGGCGUUCGCUAUCGGGCACAUGAACCAGACCGCAGGGUUAUCGGCAUGGCGAUGGCUCUUUAUUCUCGAGGGCAUCCCUUCCUGCCUGUCGUCUAUUCUGGUGUUCUUCAUCCUGCCUGAUUACCCAGAAACUGCCAGCUGGCUGUCCGAGACGGAGAAGCAGCUUGCGAAGGAGCGCCUGAAAGACGAUGCGUCGCAGGGGAGCAGCAGACCGCUGUCAUGGACAGACGUCAAGGCGACGAUGUCCGACUGGCGGCUGUAUGCGCAUUAUGCGAUCUAUUUUGGUAUCUCGACCCCGUUCUCGAGCUUGUCGUUGUUCACGCCAUCGAUCACUGCGGGUCUGGGCUAUACGUCUCUGCGAGCAAAUUUGAUGACAGUCCCGCCAUACGCAGUCGCUUAUGUGGUGACGAUCCUCGCUGCCUGGUCUGGUGACCAUUUCGACUCCCGAGCUCUGCACUCCUCCGUGCUUGCACUGAUUGGCGCAGCUGGUUUCAUGGCAUCUGCGCUGCUCCCCGCGGACGCGUAUUUGCACCGCUACGGCUGCCUGAUCGUCGCAACGAGUGGUUCCUUCGGAUGCAUCCCUCCUCUCCUGGGAUGGCUCUCCUCUAACGUCUUCGACACCGGUGCAGUCGGCCUCGCGAUCGCGAUGAAUAUCUCCGUCGGCGCCCUCGGGCAGAUCGUUGGCGUGUGGAUCUACAAGGCCAACGAGGCUAAACGCGGGUACCCGACGGGCCACUGGGUCAAUGCUGCAUUACUGUUAUUUGUCGCCGUUGGGUGCAUCCCGUUGGCGGCGUACUAUCGCUGGCUCAAUGCCAGGAUCGUUCGGGACGGAAUGGGCCAGCGUCUGUAUCGAUAUUGAAUGUGAAUGUGUAUUUCUACUGCCACUACUCAUGAUACCGUAUCAUCCAUGGAGAAACAAUCCCCGGAGAUCUUUAUGAAUCAUCUUCUGGCGUUUGGCCCUCCGUUUUGCGCUGCUGGAUGACAAAAGCCUCGGCCCCAGUCUAGUGCACUGACAACGCUGGGGUGUCAUAGCACGUUAGUCAGUCCCGGCCCGGGGUGAUGCCGCAGCUCUGCCCUGUCGAGUAACCGCGUCACUCAGCUCGUUUCUUACGAAUAACGAAUAACCAAGGAUAGCUCAUCCCACACACAAUCCAGCCUGCGUCAUCACGGCCCGUCAGGUUUCCAGCAACAUAUCGAGAUCGGUUGCCGGGUUCCCUGUCCACGUCAAGUCAGGCAGUGCGUGCAUCAUGUCCCCGAAACGGGUUGGUUCGAAGUUGGGGGCUCUGACUGCCCUCUAAGCGCUCUCAAGUUGUCUUGAUUUGUUUCAGCGGAAGAGGAAGGGAAUCCAGAUUGCUCUUGGACGAAGACGGAAUGUUUUCACAAGAAUCACAACCACAGUGGCACCGCUUGCGAUAGGGGACAGGGGUGAUCUUGUCUUGCCGGCCGCACUAGACCUUCCCGCUAACGCGUCGAUGCAUCCGGGAGCCUGAUUAUUGACUCAAGGAGUCAAGAAGGACGACUUUCUCGCAGUCUCCCCCUCACUUGAACGGUCUCUUGAUCAUAUACGUAGAGGACAUCAAGAACACAUCAA